CCUUAAACUUUAAAAACCUGAAGGAAGGGAUUGGGAAUGAAGUGAUUCUUUCCUUUCUAUUCUUUUAUUGUCCCGGGAAUAAAGGUGGAACCAGAAGAUAGAACCAAUUUGGCCACUGGUUUUAGAAAUAUCUUUUGAUAAAAGAGAGUCCUUAAUGGCAUCUCUACGUCUUUCCAGCGUACUGGUGACCGGUAGCAACCGCGGGCUGGGACUGGAGUUUAUCAGGCAAUUGCUGCAGCUGCCUCACCCGCCCCAGAUGCUGUUUGCUACCUGCAGGAAUCCCUCCGGCGCCCAGGAACUUCAAAAACUCGCGGCUCAGCACUCCAAUGUUCGGAUCCUCCCCUUGGAUAUGGAGAAUGUUGCUUCUAUCCAAGAGGCUUUCCUCUCUGUCACAGAUCAACUGAAAGGUUUGGGGCUGAACUUACUCAUCAACAAUGCUGGAAGGGCCUUUUCUGAUUCAAUCCACACAGAGUCUGAAGAAAACAUGCACGUGCUGUACCAGAUCCAUGUCUCUAGUAACCUAAAGAUAUGCCAGACAUUCCUGCCCUUGCUGAAGAAGGCUGCUCAAACAGGUCCUCAGGAUGCUCUCAGCUGUAGCCGGGCUGCUAUCAUCAACAUGUCUAGUACUGCAGGCUCCAUUUCAGAACUUUUAGGUUGGGAACUUGGUCCUUGUCUGUCCUAUCGCUGCAGUAAGGCUGCCCUGAACAUGCUCACCCGGUGCCUAGGUCUAGCCCUUAAAAAAGAAGGCAUUCUAUGUGUUGCUAUUCACCCUGGCUGGGUUCAAACUGAUAUGGGAACUAGCUCAACCUUUAAGCCUCCUUUGAAGAAAGAAGAAUCAGUGCAAGGCAUGCUGAAGGUCUUUUCUACACUUUCAGAGGAGAAUUCAGGGGGUUUCUACAGUUGGGAGGGAAAGACCUUGUCAUGGUGAAGUGACAGCAAGUGGGAGUUGGCGAUAGACAUCUGACUCCAAUUAUCUUCCACAGCAGCUCAGCAAUGACCAUCUCAUCUUCGUUGAUCACUGCCCUGAACUCUAGUUUCCUAUAAAACUUAUUUAACUGCCUUAUUAAACUGUUCUUAUUUUCCUA